GCUUCAAACAUGACUCGAGCGUGAUUGUGACCAAUAAACUUCGGUGCAAAGCGUGAAAUAUAUUCUUCGCAGCGGAUGGCGCCGAGCAAAGACUAGAAUACGAGUGCGGAAAAUGAAGGACCUGCCGGCGUCGGGACGUCGGCAUGCUCAAUGCUCAGGAGUGUAAAAUUUAGGCUGUUCAAACGAUGACUUCUUCUCGCACACGCAACAUGAACGGCCUCGACAUCUCCCCGUUCAUCAGAGAUCUACCCAAAGUAGAACUCCAUGUGCAUAUUGAGGGAACCUUGACGCCCGCGCUUCGGUGGAGACUGGCACAUCGCAAUAACAUCAAGCUUCCAUACGCGACAUACGAAGAGCUGCUAGAUUCUUGUAGAGUUACAUACAACCACCGUAAGGAGGUAAACGGUGACGAUGGCCGUCCCACCUUCCUUGAAGCCUACUUCGCAGGUUGCCAGGUCCUCAUCACUGAAGACGACUUCUACGAGCUCAGCAUGGAGUACUUCGCGCGCUGCGCAGAAAUGAACGUUCGGUACUGUGAGCCCUUCUUCGACACGCAAGCGCACACCGAACGUGGAGUUUCCGCAUCUACCGUUCUGAACGGAUAUUUCCGCGCCCAGCAAGACGGCGCGAAGACUUACGGCGUUAAGAGUAAUUGGAUCUUCUGCUUCCUUCGCGAUAGACCGCUACAGGAAGGACUCGAAGCAUAUGCAGCUGUACGACCCUGGGCUAGGCUUCCCGAUGGCACUGGAAAGGGGUUGUUCCAUGCUGUGGGACUCGCGGCAAACGAGUUCGAAAACCCACCACUUCUAUUCGAAAAGGGGUUCCGCAUGGCAAAGGAGGAUGGCCUGCACGUGACGUUGCACUGCGACGUCGAUCAAAAAGAUGCGGCAGAGCACGUCCGCGAAGCCAUAUUUGACGUAUGCGGUGGCCAAGGCACAGAGCGAAUCGACCACGGUCUUAAUGUGCUGGACAAGCCCGACCUGAUUCCCGCUCUGAAACAGCGAGGCAUCGGCUUGACGCUGUGCCCACAUGCGUACCAUCGGCGGCAAGCAACGGAGACCUUGUUCCCCAAGAUAAAGAAACUGAUCGAUGAGGGCGUGAAACUGUGCAUCAAUAGCGACGAUCCGACAUACAUGCAUGAUGUCUGGAUUGACGGGAAUAUGCAGAAAGUUUACACGUACUGUGCGCUAAGCAAGGCGGAUAUGGUUAAGCUAGCGAAAAACGGUGUGGAUAUGUGCUGGGCGGAUGAGGAUACUAAGAAGGAGAUGAUGGCGCAGCUAGAUCACAUAAAUCUUUCCGGUUAGUGGUAUGCGAUAGCCCUGGAGAAUUACCAAGAUUUACGCCUGCCAACCCUGGAAGGUCUCUAACCUUGCUUGCCUCGUUGCCGAAAGCAGUCAGCGGUAGCUUAUGGCUAUUGUUCCUUCCCAAACUAGAGCAAUUGUCACUUCUCCUCCUGCACCUC